AGAGAUGUUAAUCAGAACAGGCUUUAUUCCUCUGCAGUAAUCCUAUUAUGACACCAAAUGAUUACUCGGAUAUAUAUCCAUGAUGUCCAUGCAGGCAAAGCCCUAUUACAAAAGAGUAAACUUGUAAAAGAGCACAGACAGAUAGUGACAGCAAACAGUCAGGUAUUAAGAAGAUACCAGUGAAAUCAUGUCAGGGUCGACUGAGAAUGAAGAACUGCCAGCAACACAAACAGGGCACAAAGGGGUAAUUCAUGACUGGAGAAGAUUCAAACUGGAGAGUGAGGACCAUGACAGCAUCCCUCCUAACAAGAGAGAGCUACUCAGACAGAUGUCCAACCCUAAAUCCAGAAAUGAGGACAAACAGGAAAAGGUCAACCGCAAGAUGAGCAUGCAAGAAUACGAGAUGAUCCAAGAGGAGGACGAAAACUGUCUGCGUAAUUAUCGCAAGCAGUGUAUGCAGGAGAUGCACGAGCGCCUGAGCUUUGGCCCCACGUUUGAUACCGUUUUUGAGUUGGAAAGUGGGGAGGCUUUUCUGGAGGUCAUUGAAAAAGAACAUUGCCUGACUUUAGUAGUGGUGCACAUCUAUGAUGACGGGAUUAAAGGAUGUGACGCCCUCAACAAUUGCCUGACUUGUCUGGCAGCAGAAUAUCCCAGCGUCAAAUUCUGUCGCAUUCGGGCUUCCGCUACAGGAGCGGGCGAGCGCUUUUCAGACGACGUUCUGCCCACUCUACUGGUGUACAAGGCCGGAGAGCUGCUCGGUAACUUCAUGUGCGUUACGAAGCACAUGAACGAGGAGUUCUUUGCUACAGACGUGGAGAACUUCUUGAAUGAGUACGGUCUGCUACCAGAAAAAGAGUUUGCUGCCUGUCCCGAUGAAGUGGAGAACGCUGAUGUGGAAUGAUCCGGAAAACGUCAAAAGGUGGCAAUGAAUUACAAGAAUCCAGCUGUCACACUGAUAGAGAUGCUAUGAAAACACAAGUCUCGAUUUCAACAAAUACCCACUUCAAGGGUAUGUACUGUAUUUAGGCAUUUGAAGAGUCUACUGCAGCAGCAAUUCAUCAUUAUAUUAUCAAGGGUACACUGUUAUUCUCAUUUAUAUAGACUGCAUAAAAAAUAUUAACAUUUUCAAUAAUUUAACAAGGAAUUUAAUUUGCCACAUUGUACAGUAUUUACAUUCUAUUGUGUAUAAGCUGCUAAAUGCUUCCGGAGUAAUAAAAAU